AUGAAUCGUCUCCAAAUCGACAGUCACCGCUUACGCGAAACUGCUCAUUGGCUUUACCAUGAGUCUGGGCUUCGCUCUGUCAAUAUCACUGGCCGUGAUGCAUGGUUGAUUAUCCUGGCGCGAACAUGUCGCAUGUUUGCCUUUGGAGGAACGUCCCUCAUCAUGGCGCUCUUCUUUACUACCUUGGGCUUCAGUGACCCCCAGCUCGGACUCUUCAUGUCAUUAACGCUGGCCGGAGACACCGUACUCUCCUUUCUACUCACCUUUAUGGCGGACAGUCUGGGUAGACGUCGCGUUUUCUUUGGUUCCGGCCUGCUAAUGGCAGUUUCCGGGCUGGUGUUUCUCUAUUUUGAGAAUUUCUGGAUCUUACUGCUCGCCGCCGUCAUUGGUGUAAUAUCUGCCAGUGGAGGCGAUUUUGGGCCAUUCCGAGCUAUCGAAGAGUCCGUGCUAUCUCAUCUAACGAAUCCGCAGACACGCUCGGAUGUGCUAUCGUGGUAUGUUGUGACAUCGAAUCUUGGAUCCGCUGUUGGUAUCGAAGUGGCUGGUCGAGUCAUUGAAGAAUUAAAAAGGCGCGACGGUUGGAGUGAGAGGCGCAUAUAUCAUGCUGUCUUUGCGGCCUAUAUCAUCAUGGGGGUCGUCAACAUGGUAUUUUCCUGCCUCAUGACGGACAACUGCGAAAUCACCGAGCCGACACUGUCAAUAGACGAGGGAGCGCAAGUUACACAGGGACUUCUCAGCAACUCGGAUGAAGAAGCAGAAGACGAGAUUGUGCCACCCACCACAGAGUCGCCGGUGGAGCAGAAGAAGAGCCGGUUUGCAGAGAUAUCGUCGAAGACGCGGUCCGUCAUGUACAAGCUCUGGUUCCUUCUUACCGUCGACUGCUUGGCGGAUGGCAUGGUUUCGUACACGCUGACCAAUUACUAUCUCGAUCGCAAGUUUCAUCUGCCCAAGUCACAACUUGGCGACUUGAUGUCUACAAACUACAUCCUUGGUAGUAUAUCUACUGUCUUUGCCGGUCCUCUAUCGCGCCACUUGGGACUCGUCAACACAAUGGUCUUCACCCACUUGCCGUCUUCGAUGGCUGUGCUCCUCUUUCCAGUGCCACAAGGACUUGUCCUCACAGUGAUACUUUUAUUCAUUCGAGGUGGUCUCAAUAAUAUGGAUCAAGCUCCCCGGGUGGCCCUCAUCGCUGCAACGGUGAAGCCCGGAGAGCGAACAGCUGUCAUGGGAAUCACGAGCACAUUGCGGACAUUGGCCUCUCUCAUGGGGCCGAGUAUAACGGGUGCUCUUGCAGAUUCGGACAAAUUCUGGGUAGCAUUCGUGGCUGCCGGCGCGCUCCGCGUAGCAUAUGACCUGGGGCUGUGGGCUAUGUUUAUCAAUGUGAAGCUGCAUGAGCACGAGGAGAGUGACCAAGAUACGAGCAAGGCAAGGCGGGUAGCUGAUGAAGAAGAGUCGACGGAUUGA